AAUCUCUUUAUCUCUCUCGCUCUCGCCCAAUCUGUAUACGUAUAGCUUUUUACGUCAUAUCCGCCAAGCGCCAUUGAAAAGUGAGACGAAGCGGGUAUUGACUGUAUAGUCGCUGACGAGUAGCGUCCACAAGUGCCGGCUCAAGCCAGUAUAGUUUCACCCUUUCGACGGCUGAUAACACGAGACCAAAAACAAUUACAUUUCAAUUGCACGUCCGAUAGGACGUUGUGCUCCUCGUCUCAGAGGAAUAUCAUUCAUCUCACGCGUCUAGAUUUAGAUCAACAUCUUCAUCAUGACUGAUCAGCAAUACGCUCAGUACCAACAAUAUCAACAAUACAACCAACCGCCACCAUCGUCUGGCGGAGCACCACUCCAAGACACGUCAUACCCACCCCCUAGCAGUGGUGGCGGUGGGUCCUCCAAUGCCCAGUCGGCCCAAGGAGGUUAUAAUCAAUAUAGUCAACCACCCCCUAAUUAUCAGAAUUAUCAGAAUUAUGGACAAGAUAGUGAUCCACAGAGUGGAUCCGGUCAAGGCAAUCAAGAUUAUGGUGGUUAUGGUGCCAAUGGCUCCAGUAAUAACUACAGCAGUGGAAGUUAUGGCGGUCAGAGUGCUGGUAGCCAAGAGGGUGGUUAUGGAGGCCAAGGUGGCGGUGGUGGCAACAGUGGUGGAUAUGGAAGUCAAAGCAGUGGUGGUUAUGGAGGACAAGGAGGUCGCAGUGGUGGCUUCAAUAGAGGAGGAUCUGGAGGAUAUGGAAGCGGAGGUGGUGGAGGAGGCAGUGGUGGAGGCCGAUAUGGCAGCAGUGGGGGUGGAAGCGGAGAUGACCGCAGGUCUGGUGGAUAUGGUGGAGACCGAGGUGGCAAUUACAACAGUGGCGGUGGCCGUGGUGGUUUUAACAAAGGAGGCUAUGGAAGUGAUCAAGGCAGUGACAACAUGGUAACCCAAGAAGAUACUAUUUUUGUUUCUGGAAUGGACUCCCAAAUCACCGAAGAAGAGAUUUGCCAACACUUUGGUGCCAUUGGACUGAUUAAGAGUGACAAACGCACAGGCAAACCAAAAAUCUGGAUGUACAAAGAUAAAAGUACUGGAAAAAGUAAAGGCGAGGCCACAGUUACCUACGAUGAUCAAAAUGCCGCACGAUCAGCUAUAGACUGGUUUAAUGGAAAAGAAUUCAAAGGAAACACUAUCAAAGUCCAAUUAGCUCAGCAUCAAAGCAAAUGGCAAGGCAGUCGGGGCAGCGCUCCUCGCGGAGGAGGUGGUGGUCGUGGAGGAGGCGGUGGCGGUGGUGGAGGCCGCGGUGGUGGUUUCGGUGGCGGUAGCGGUGGCGGUGGCAGCCGCGACAGAGAUAGUCGAGGCAGCAGAGAUGAUUAUCGCAGUGGCGGUGGUGGUGGCGGUGGUGAUAGGCGAGGAGGAAGUGGUGGAGCUGGAUCUCGAGGUGGUGACUGGACGUGUCCCAAUCCAGGCUGUGGCAAUAAGAAUUUCGCCUGGCGUAACGAGUGCAAUCUUUGCAAAAGUGAAAAGCCCGAAGGUAUGGGUGGAGGCGGUGGUGGUGGCGGAGGCGGAGGUGGAUUCAGAGGUGGCCGAGAUGGCGGCAGCCGAGGCGGUGGUGGAUUCAGAGGUGGCCGAGACGGUGGUGGACGAGGUGGAGGCAUGGAUCGCCGUGGUGGCGGAGGUGGAGGAGGAUUCCGCGGUGACAGAGGAGGACGAGGUGAUAGAGGUGGUGGACGUGGAGGCCCCAUGCGUGGAGGUGGAGGCCGAGGAGAUAGAGAUCGCGAUCGUCAACGGCCAUAUUAAAAAGGAUCGUUAUAGUAUUGUAACAAAAACAUUACAUUCAAUGUGAUGUUUAUACACAACGUAUGAACAUGUAAAUUUUUCAGAAUCUAAGUAAUACAUUACGUAGUUCCGCUACCACUUCACCCCUUUUUUCUUCGUUUUUUAUACUAUGAUGAUAUGAAAAAUAAUUUGCGUGAAUGUCUUGAACUUGAGUACAUUCAAAUCUUUGAUUUAUAGAAUGUAUGAAAUGUAAUUUACUUGAAUCUAAGCAAAAAUGUCCCAAGUCAAUUGAAAUGUCUAGGCAGAUCAAUUAAACAAUUUAUAUUAAAUGAUCUUUGAGGUAAUUCUCAAUACUAAUGGACAUAUUGUAUUUAGGUCUUGACAUAAAUAAUUGUAAAACUAGAUUUAUUCAUAAAAAUUAAUAAAAACUUCUGUUUUUAAUUAAGUA